AUGUUGUGCAGCUGUCGUUCUUGCAGAAGCCUGGAAGCGUGCCGGAAGUAUUUCCAGUCCACUACCGGGUUUGCCACGGAGCACGUGCAGGCCCCCCCGGACUCCUGUGGGACGCUCCAUGCGCCCCAGCAUCGCAGCGUUCGCAAGCCGCACCCGUACCUCGAGUGGAGCAAAGUAUAUUGGACAAACACUGUUUUCUCUCUGCAGAUUUCCUGUUCCUCAAGUCCAACUGUAGCAUCAAGCUCUGGUAGCAGUAGUUCUUUGUCACCUGUUGGGCCCCUUUGUAGGCAGAGACCAUUAGCAAAUGGUGCAUUGUGUUCUGAGUCUAGCCCAUCAGGUGUUUCCUCACCAACUUCUAACUAUCCGAAAGCACCAGGCUUUGAACGAGAGGAUCAGGCGAAACAGAAAAGCCUGCCAGGUGAGAGUCAUCCAAAAAUAAGUGAACAGGACAGUAAGCAGAACCAUCUUAGUGUUUUCUCAGUGGUUAAUCCACUCGCUUCAAGUAUAACCUCCAGUAUAACUUCUAGUCUGGCUUCCAGUAUUGGAUCAGAUAGUUCAUCCCCUACAACUCUCUCCACCAUCAGUGCCAAAGCUUUCCCAUUUUACCCUGGCAGUAAUACAGUCGAAUCAGUUGUAGGUUCUGCUUUAGAUCUACAUUUUAGUGAUGUAAAUGUAGCAUCCUUAGAUAAAGAAUUAGAAGAUCAAGAAAAUAACGAUCUUGGAUUAACAAGUCAAAGAUUACUGGGAAGUUCAGCUCCUGUCAAUAUUCCAGGUUCUCUUGCUCGUUCCUCAUCUUUACAUUCAUCAUCUUCCCUUUCAACCUCUCCACUCAGUUCUCUUUCACAGUCGUUGUCUCAGUCUUUUAUUUCAUCCACUAUGGCUCCUCACCAACAGCAGCCUCAGCCUUUGAAAUCAGAACAUAGCGUGUUAGGUACCUCAGCCUCUUCUCAUAACUCUUUAGGUUUAAAUGGUGUUACAGGUAGCAUUUGGGAUUUUGUAACUGGGAGCUUCUCUCCUAGUCCCUCUCCUGUGUUGAGCAGUGGUACCACACCCUCAGCAAGUUCAGGUACCAGUGGAAGUGAGUUAACUAGAGUUAGACAGGAACUGGAUGACGCCAAAAGAAAAAUAAAACAAUGGAAAGAUUCUUGGCGACAAGUAAAGCAGGCAUGUGAUGCAUGGCAAAAAGAGGCCCAAGAGGCCAAGGAACGUGCUAACGUGGCAGACACGGAGAAACAGCUAGCCCUUCGGAAAAAAGAGGAAGUGGAAAAUAAGUUUAAAAACCUUCAGGAACAGUUUGUGCGUCUAUCCACUCCAUUGCCUCAUCUGAAAAGCUAUGGAGAUAUAGAAACAAUACCCUUACCAAAGCUUCAUUCUUUACGAAGUCAGCUCCAUUUGGAUUUAGAAACAAUAGAUGAGGUAAUUUUUCAGAUCCAUUCAAAGAAGUGUGUUGUAUGCCGAGAACAUAACCGUAGCGUUGUCCUGCAGCCAUGCCAACAUUAUGUCCUUUGUGAACACUGUGCAGCUAAACAACAAGAAUGUCCUUGCUGCAAGACAACAAAAAAUAAAUGGUGACAGUGUGUCAUGGUACUUAUGUAAUGUUAAUGAAUUAAAUAUUUUAUGUUCUAGUAUUUUAUAUAAAAAUUGUAUAUGUAGUUAUUAAUCCAUUUACUAGUGCUAGACUGAUCUCCAUUUUGACUUCUUAAGAGACGUUCUUUCCUGUUUCCCUAAUAUAGGAAAAGCGGUUUGGCUGCCUUUACUUGAUUUCUUUCUAUGAUGCUGUUCUAAAGUUCCAUAUUUAUUCCUUUCUUCACUUGGCCUUUUCAAUUUUUACUUGCAUUCCUGUUGCACAGGCUACUCAGGUUCAGUUCUUCAAACAUAAUCAUGUCUUAAGGGUCCUUACCCACAAUGCCUGAAUGAGGGAUUUAUGCUUCUGCUCUGCAUCAGAAUUCAUGGAAGUUACCAUGUAAGUACAGUGCUUGAUAAUAGGAGGACCCACCCUUCACCUUGUGUCUAUGGUGUGCUGUAUAGUCCAGUGCCAGUAUUUUGGAGUCAGUCUAACACUACUGUUUACUUGGCUAUUUGAAGAAAUUUGAUUACCGUAAAAGCACUUUGUUAACUUUUUUUAAAGAGGUUAUGUUAUAAAUUGCUUUAAGCUGCUUUCUAGGUUUUAUGUUUGUUUUUUAAUAUGCGAUAAAAUGAAGCUUUUUAUGUAUACUGUGAAUUUAAAAUAUUUCAUAUCAGUUUUAUUGUUAAAUCAUAGUAUGGUAAAUAUGGAGUUAGAUUUCAUACUUUGACUUUAUUACUUAUUAAAUGAACAAUUAGAGAAAAAUGGGAAUUGCCUAGAAUUUUUACAAUUUUCGAGUUAACUUCAAACUAAUAGUGUUUAUAAGUAUACCAGCAGAGAGGAUAAUGCUGAAAGGCACAUAGGCUUACAUAUUCAGAUACAUUUCUAAUUUUAUUAAACAAAUCGGUUUUCUCAAAUGCUUGUGCAUUUUGCAUUACCCAGUUUGGAUGUUUGUAGUCUGAAGAGAAGUAUGCCUAUAACUCCUAGCUGGUGUGGUACCCAGUAGGAACUGGUCACUUUUUUCAGACACCUAUCCCUUGCAUCCACUAAAAUUGCAAAUGGCACGAAGGAAAUGUCUCGUGUAAACAAUUUCUGUUACUUAAUUAAAAUGAUCACCUUUGUAUAAUAAUAGAAUUUCAGUAUAAUACCUUGCAAUGAACAAAAUAUCAUAGUUUGUUUUUAAAGGAAGGGUGUGUAUGCAUGUGUGUAAUGUACAUGUAUGCGCACGCGCGCGCACACACACACACACACACACACUCCCCCUCCCCGCCAUAGUUUAACUGUAAAAUUCUUAGAAUAUUUAAUCAGGCAAUGGUGCUCUUAUACAAUUAUUUUUUAAGGUUGUUCAUGUUUAACAAUGAUGGUUAGGAGUAUGCAAUUCAGGAGAAGUUAGUUACUGUGUGUUAACACUGUCUCUUGUUAUGUAACAUUCUUUUACAAAAGAGUUAGCCUGUUUUUUCUUGUUAAGUGCAGGUGUGACACAAGUACAGCUUACAUGGAAAUGACCUACUACUGUGUUACAUAAUGUACAUACCACGAUCUUAUAGUAUUCAAUGCAAGAAGUUCAUUUAUAUAAACAGCAAAGACCUUAAUUUUUGAAGUUUAGUUGUUGCAGUAAAAGCAAGAUAUACGCCAAACAUUUUCUUGCAUCAUGUCUUAGAUAUUUGUAUCGGUGUUAAAGAAUACAGGCCCCAAUUCCAGGCUCCCUGAAAUCACUGCAUCUCAACUAAGAUCAAUAGACGUUGGGCAGACCCUUGGCUAGCAAAAAUAAACAUUUAAUGUCGUCAUUCAGUCUACAGAAUGAUCAUCCCCUGAUUACUGAUAUAUCAACCUGUGAGAACAUGGAGAGUGUUUGAAAGCAAGAAAGGGGGGAACUAAACCUCCAAAUGAAUGAACUUUUUUAACAGAAACGCUUAAUAGAAAAUUUAGAAAUAUAAAGGCACAUGUAGCACACUUUUACAGGAUUUAUAGGGUUUAAACUUGGGCGUAAUAGUGUCGCUUGAUGCAUUUUUCAUACAAUUAUAAAAAAAAAAAAAAUCCUACCAAAAUUAAAAUUGUUUAUGAGAUAAACGUAACAUUACAAUAUAAUUUCAUUUUCCAAAGCAUAUUGUCUGUUUCGAAAGAUUUUUCUUUAAUAUAUAAGUGGAAUUAGUUUACAUUUUAAAUUAAAUGGUACUUCAAUCACUAAGCUUUGCUGUGUGUAUUAAUGUACUUCUACACUUGUGUAAUCUUUGCCAAAGAUUUCUUUUGAAUAUUAAUAACAUUUUGGCUAAAGCAAAGCAAAUAGGUAAGACAUUUUAACAGUGACCAAAUUAGGAAGUGAUGUGUAAAAUUACUGUAAAUGUUUUUAAAACAUGCAAUUGAUUUCAGUGAAUGUUAUACUAAAUCCAUGUAGAAUAUGGAACAAUGUUGUGCAGCUGUCGUUCUUGCAGAAGUAACUAAAAUUCUUAGUGAAGAUUUUCUUUUUAAUAUUUUAAAUCCUGCCUAAUGAAACGUGGCCUCCUGCAUCAAUGUUAAGUUCUUUAUUUAAAACAUGCAGAAGUACAGUUUUGUGUUACCUUUGUUAUAUAUAUAGAUAUGUAGAGAGAUAUAGAUAUUAGGGCUGUGUGAAGCUUCGGUCCCUGAUUUGAUUCGGCCCGAUUCGGUGGCCAAAUCCCAGAAUCCAAAUCAAAUUGGAGAACCCUUUAAUCUCUCCGAAUUGAGUGGGAACCUUCCAAAUCGAUUUGGAAAGAUUCAGUGAUUCGGACACAGACACAGCUUUAAAUGUUUUCUCUACAUACCUCAAGGCAGCAGGCCGGUCAUGAAUGCUGCGGUGCUGGGGUGGAUGGACUGUCCCACAGGAGCGCAGGGGGCUCCCCAGUGCGCUCAGCAGCAGACCCAGAAGUGGACCAGAAGCACUUCCAGUCCACUUUUGGGUCUGCUGGGGGGGGGGAAGCUGCCCCCCCCCACCCCUGACUCGGCGACUGGUGCCUCCUAGGUCUGGGGGAACACCUGGGGUCUCUCUGCGGCUGAUUGCAGAGCUGGGUGGGGGGGGCUGCAUGCUCCCUGGCAGGCCUGGAAGCGUGCCGGAAGUAUUUCCAGUCCACUACCGGGUUUGCCACGGAGCACGUGCAGGCCCCCCCGGACUCCUGUGGGACGCUCCAUGCGCCCCAGCAUCGCAGCGUUCGCAAGCCGCACCCGUACCUCGAGGUAUGUAGAAAAAACAUUUAAAGCUGUGUGGAUGUCUGAAUUGCUGAUUCUCCCACUCAGCAUCAAACUUCAGGUUCAGAUUCAGCCAAAUCGAGUCAGGGACAGUGAUCCGAUGCUUCUAUAUCUAGAUAGAUAGAUGUUUGUGCAUUUACCCGUUAUCCUGAAGCCUUUUUUUGUUUUCUUUUUCUUUGGUCUUUUCUUUUUCAUAUAUAUAAAAAAAAAUCUUUAGCGGACACCACCAAACGAGCUAACAGCAAGGGCAAAACAAAUUGUCACAGUAUCAUUCAGAGUUUUGCAAGUGCUACCUUCUUAGGAUGAAAUCAGCCACAUUUUAAGUAAUGUAUAGUUACCAAUGAGGAAAAAAUUGCACGCGUUUCCCCUCAGCUUCUGUUGAAUUGAAUUUUGGAUGCAUUAAAAUUUGAAUCUUUUGUCAAAUGCGGGGGAAAGACCAAAGAAAUGUUUCUGUGAUUUAAAUUCUCAGAUUGAGCAUCUUAUUUUUAGUUAUAAUGAAAUAUCCUUAGGUAAUUACACGCACCAUGUUGAACAUUCACAUGAAAAUGCUAUAAUAAUUUUUUGAAGGAACACUUUUUUGCAAGGAAUUUAUAAGCAAGAUUUUCUGGUUUUGUUUGUUUGCUCUCUUUCCAGCCAAUGAACUCCAAUAAGGAAUAAUUGCAUCCAUUUUACAGUGACACUCUUAAAUGCAGGAUAAUGAAAUAUGUGCCGUUUAAAUUGGUGAUUGUUGAAAAAAAAUAUUAAAAGGGAAAUCUUUACAUAUGUGAUUUUUUUUUUUUUUUUUUUCUUGUCCUGGUGACAUACUAUCUGGAAACUAAAUGCACUAAAUGUAUUUUAGCAAAAAUACAGCAUAAUUUGUUGGAAUAACAAAUACUAUAUAAAUAUAAAAUACACUAACUUGUUAGGUUUGUUUUUGUAUUUGAAGAAAAUGUGACCAAUUUUCAUGUAAGUGUGUGGAAAAGUACAAAUUUUUAUGUGAAUGCCAUUAUGUUCUCACAUGUAUGACUAUUUUAUCCUGGGGAAUAACAGAUUAAAAUUACAGUUUCUCAGGGUUUAACAUUUAAGAACUGUAAUCUUAACAGAAUAUUUGCUGAUUUCAGAUAGAUCCCAAAAUGCAUGUUACUGGUUUGUUAAAAUUAGUCUUUUUGAAUAGCAAAUUAUUAAAACAUAUCUGUUUUGUUAUGUAUUGCCAUGCAGAAUAUCCUAGUAUUAAAUAUAAGUAGAAAUAUUAUUGUCACAAUAUAUUUGUGUAACUGUGGUCAACGUAAGACCUUAACUGAAUAUGAAAUUUUCACUUGUAUUAAUUUAUGGAAGCAUUAAUGUUCUGAGUGUAUAGGCAGAAAUGAUAUUGUGAAUUGAAUUGUUCUUAAUACAGAAGGUAUUAUUUAUAAUGCAUAAUCAUAUACUUGUAGUGAAUUGUUUAAAAUUGUUAACACUUGUUAAAACUUUUUUACACUAUAGCAUUUAUGCAAUGGUUUACAGAAUUCAUGGAAUUAUUUUUAUUAUCAAUAUGAAAAUAAAAUUUUUGAUCUUUAA